AUGCCCCCCAACCCCAAGUUUGAAUAUGAUGCGAAGCAGCCCGCAUUCCUCCAAAAGCUUCGAGGCCAGUAUGGCAGCAACACCGGUCGCUUAGAACGGCCGGCCGUACGCGCGACCCGACUCAAGGUCAACAAGGACGACGAUGACGACGAGCCUACCUACGUCGACGAGGAGAGCAACGAAGUGAUUUCCAAGGAGGACUACAAGACUUUGGUGCGCGAAAGCGGCCAAACAGAAGAGGACAAUGAUACCCCAAUGGACAAACUCGCAGGCGAAACAGACAAACCAGAAUCUACUAGCAAACAGAGCAAUCUGACCGAGGUUGGAGGACAGAGGAAACGAAAGCAGGCUAAGGUUGUGGGCGAAGAAAAGACUGAAAGCGAAGACAAAAGGCUCGAGACUGAAGAAGCCCAACCUAAGGCGCCUACCAAGAAGGCAAAAAAGCCCAAGAAAAUCAAGCUCUCCUUCGACGACGAGUGA